AUAGUUAUUACCAUUAUUAUUUAUAUCUGUAAUUAAAAGUGUUUUUAAAUUUUUUAUCACUAUAGCUGCUUUCACCCGACUAUAUCAACCUUUAUUGAUAUCGAACAGACAGCAUAACCUAUACAAUAAACGUCAUUUAACACUGACAGCUACUUGAUAGCCCUCAUAUAACCCAAUAAUAUUUAUUGUAUUAUUAUUAAAUAGUGAGAUUACAUUGUGAAACUAAUUUAAUUCGUGUAGAUAAUAAUUUUUGAAAAGAUCAAAUCUAAUGAGAGAAUUAAGAACAAAUUGAUUAUAAAUUCAAUUUUCUUUACUGAAAUUCACUCAUAAAAAUAAGACAUCAUGCCAAAUUCAUAUCUUUAUGCAAUCAAUAAUGAAGGCAGAGUGUUUGGGCUUUCAACAUCAGGAAAUUUGUGGCGUGAGUUCAUGUAUCUUGGAUUGGAAUUUAAAAGAUUAUCAGCUAUCCCCCAUUUCAUGUGGGCCAUAGGAGGUGAUCGCCAAGUUUACGUACACGUUCAUGAGCUGGAUAUUCCCAUAAGGAUCAAAGAAGAAACUUAUGAAAAUGAGAGAUGGUUACCUCUGGAAGGAUUUACUGGUAGAUUAUUACCAACAGACAGAUACAAUUUUUCAAAUGCAGACGGAACAGUUGAUAGGUCUCGGGACAAAGUGAAACUUCCAUCAAUGGCAUGGCAAUGGGAAGGUGACUGGCAGAUAGAAACGACUUUAGAUGGUCAACCAUUGGAUCACGACGGCUGGACAUACGCAGUAGACUUUCCAGCAACUUAUUCAAUCAAAAAACAAUGGAAGUCGUGUGUCAGAAGACGUAAAUGGGUUCGAUAUCGACGAUACAGUGCAAUGAAUUCAUGGUGUGCUAUUGCUCCAUUGCACAAAGAUCCUACCAAAGAACCAUUUAUUGAUGUAGCAAUAGGAGGAACUCAAAUACCUGGUGGUACUCCUGGUAGUAUGGUAGUUUGGGCAGUUACUGCUCAUGGACGAGUGAUGUUUAGAGUUGGCGUUAGCUCUACAUCACCUGAAGGCCAACGUUGGAGUGCAAUUAAAUUAUUAAAUGGUCAAGAAAUAGCACAAAUUAGCGUAGGAGUUACAGGAUUGGUUUGGGCCAUUCUUAACGAUGGUAAAGCUUUAGUUAGAACUGGAGUCACUCGAGAAAAUCCAAUGGGUGAUGAAUGGAGUGAAGUUGAACCUCCUCAAAAAGAUCUACGUUUAGUUCAAGUAAGCGUUGGCUUUGAUGCCGUAUGGGCAGUAACACAUGAUGGCAAUGUAUGGUUUAGAAAAGGGAUUAAAGGAGACAUGAGUGGAAUGUGCGAACAGCUUGCUACUGGAACUGGAUGGGUGGAAAUGUUAAGCAAAAUGGCUUCGGUUUCUGUAGCUUCUAAUGAUCAAGUUUGGGCAAUUGGACAUGAAGAUAGAUGUUUAUAUUAUCGAACAGGAAUCAAUCGUUCAGAAUUAACAGGAAAAAAAUGGAAAAUCAUUAAUGCACCUUUACAAUUAAGUAGAGCAAGCAGCAAUGCCAGUUUGUCAUCUAGUAACCGUCACAGCAUGUGUGGAACUCCUCAGCAACAACGUCAUCAAAGUUGGAGUUCUUUAAAUAGACCCCAGAGUACCGGAGAAUGUGCUGCUCUUAUUAGAGAUUGGGAAGAACAAUCUAGAUCUGCACCAACUCCAACGUCUUUAAAACUUUGGCAAAAAAAUGAACAAUCCAAAAAUGAACUAUCUCAACAAACAUCACUACAACAGAUGUACAAUGCAGAUGAAAAAAAUAAUUCUGCAAAUUCUAGUAAUGAUGAGAAUCUGGAUAGUGCUGCAAAUAUAACAAUUUCUAAUGAAUCACUUUCACACAGUGGAGAAGCAACAGUAAUUUCUGGAAAAGGAAUGAGUAGUACAAUUAAAGUCAAUCCUGCUGCUUGGAGUCCAGUACACUCAGUUGGGUCUAUGGUGGGUGUUGAAGCUCAUCCUGAAACUGAUGGUAGCAUUUUUGAUCCAGAUUGGACUGGAGACUCUGGAGUUUAUGGUGAAGAUGAAAGUAUUGCUGCUAUUUAUUGGGCUGAAUGUGAUGUACUUUGGUGCAAGGUUGAAGCUGGAGCUUGUUUUGUUGAUCCCUCUAAUCCACCUAAAUGGCUUGCUGAUAAUUAUUCUUUAACUCAAGGAGAAAUUGCUGAAUCGUGGAGGAUGCAUAUUUUAGAAGAAUUAAAAAAUAGAAUGAAAAAUUUUAAUUUUGAUUCUUCGGUUUGGGAACAAGCUGUUGAAAGAUCUUCAUGGGUAAAAAACGGAGAUGCUAAGUGUAAAUUAAAAGGGAGUAAUAAUUAUGAAGAUUGUGUUAUCGAACUUGAAUGGAUAAGUAGCGAUAGCGGGUCAUUAGACUCAGGAACUUUAACAGUAUUAAAUGCUGAUGGUGCAACAACAAUAAUGCAAUUUCCUGUGAUGGAAAUAGUUUGUGUGGUUUGCUGCAGUGAACCGGGUAAUCCGCGACUCGCAAUUCACACUCCGCGAUUGCCAAAAUCCAAAGUUUUGCGGCUACAAUUUGCCAGUGAUACGGAAAUGGAGGAUUGGAUGAGUCAUAUAACCACAGUUACUUGUCAAAUGAAUAAUGUUUACGGAAGACCUGGGCCAAAAUCAAUUUGGUCAACAACAGCUUUAGGUGAUGUAUUUGUAUAUGAUCCAGUAAUUGCUGAAGCAACUCAACUAUCUAAUGGGAUAUAUACACAGGAGCUAGACAAUGUAGGGAAAGAAUUACCAUUUGAGAGUAUUUUACAUAAUGGAUUUAGUCCUGGUCAUUCACUACAUAUUUUUGUAUGUGUUCAUGAUGAUGCUGAUCGACUUUCUUUUAAUUUUGUCUGUUAUAAGGCAACAAAUCAUAAGUAUAAAGUAACUCCUGAUACACAUGACAUAGCAUUCCAUUUUAAUCCGCGAUUAAAUGAAAAUUUAAUUGUAAGAAAUACGUACCAGAAUGGUCAAUGGGGUGAUGAAGAGAGAGGUGGAGGAAGUCCUCUGAAACCUGGUACAGAUUUCUCAUUGAAGAUAUUAUGUGAAGAGAGAGGCUACAGAGUUUUUAUUGACGAUAAAGAGUUUACAUUUUAUUGCCAUAGGAUACCAUCACAAAAUAUAACUCAUUUGAGAAUUAAAGGACUUAUGACGCUACAUAGUAUUUUAUAUAAAUCACCAUCUGUUAUUGUCGAACCUGUAUCAAUGUUCUGGAGACAAAUGGGAGGUCAUCUAAAGAGAGUCGAAACUUGUAGCACUGGUAUUACAUGGGGAAUUGGCUACGAUAACACAGCGUGGGUUUAUACUGGUGGUUGGGGUGGAUCAUUUCUCAAAGGACUUGGUACCAAUAAUGCUGACAUCUACCCCAUGACCGAUAUGCAUAAUUAUUUUGUCUAUGAAAAUCAAAGAUGGAAUCCUGUUACAGGAUAUACAUCACAUGGUCUACCAACAGAUCGUUAUAUGUGGAGUGAUAUAACUGGAAGACACAAACGUACUCGAGAGCAUACUAAAUUACUGUCCAUGCAUUGGAAAUGGGUAUCUGAUUGGAUUAUAGAUUUUCACACUCCAGGUGGUGUUGACAGAGAUGGAUGGCAGUAUGCCACUGAUUUUCCUUCACAGUAUCAUGGAAAGAAACAUUUUACUGAUUACGUUAGACGAAGAAGAUGGUUUAGAAGAUGUUUAUUAACUACUCGUGGCCCUUGGAAAGAAUUAGGUAAUACGAAAAUAGUCGAUAUAUCAUUGUAUUCUCCAGAAGAUGCUGGUUCUGAUGGUCUUGUUGAUGUUUGGGCUGUUGCUGCCAAUGGUGAAGCUCUCUUUAGACGAGGUGUUUCAGAAUCUUGUCCUACAGGAGUAUCUUGGGAACACAUACCUAGUGAUCAAGCUCUCAUUAGUAUUUCUUGUGGAUCUGAAGGCCAAGUAUGGGCCGUAGGAAAAAAUGGAUCAUCUUACUGGCGUGUUGGCAUCACGAAAGCUAAACCUAUCGGAGAAUUAUGGGCAAAUGUUGAACCACCACCUGGCGCACAAUUGAAACAAAUUUCAGUAGGAAAAAACGUUGUAUGGGCUUUGGAUACAUCUGGAAGAUUGUCUGUUAGACGGGAAAUUCAACCUAAAGUCUUUCCUGAAGGAACUUAUUGGCAAACAUUACCUGCUAUGCCAAAUGAUCCUAUACAUAUUGAUCACUCUGUUCUUACGGCUAAACAAGGAUUUAGGCACGUUUCUACUAGUCCUGAUUGUAAUCAAGUUUGGGCAAUUUCUGGUGCUGGAAUAAUUUGUAAGAGAAUCGGUGUCACAAAAGAUAAUCCUGCUGGCACUGGAUGGAGUACGGGAAUUGGGGCUAAUUGGCAGCAUAUAAGUCUUAGAAGUUUUACAAACGAUAAGACUAAAUUGUGUAAGUUUACGUAUCAUAAUUACCAUGAAAUUACUGGAAUAACUGCCGUUGUCUCCACUAAUUUAAGUAACAACGUUAAUUAUGAUAUAACAAACGAUUUUAUCUGGAAUGAAGAAAAAAGAAAACUGAUCAUUAAAUCGUUAGAUAGAAUGUUACGUAUCUACAAAUGACACCAAGUUAUUUUACACGUAACAAGAAUUGUCUAUGCAAAGAAGCAAUGCUUUGCUUGUCAGUUUUAGAAACUGAUACUUGAAAACGUCUAUGAACUGUUGCUUAUCACUCUUUAUGAUUCUCUUCUAUCAUUUUAUUAUUCUUACUUUAUUUGUAAUGAUAACUCUAUAGGUGAGAGAAAAUAUAAAUACAUAUAUUGAAGUAUCAUAGACGAAGGUUACUAACAAAAAUAUUGUUGUUGCAUAAUGUUGUAUUUUUGGAUAAGCUAAGAGCAAAGAAUUAGACUGAAAUUAUUAUGCAACUGUGUGAUAUAUUUUUAUUUCUUUGAUACUUUUUCUAAAUUAGUUCAAUUUAUCUUUCAUUUCUUCCGUAUCUUUAGUAUUUUCGAAAUUGAACUCUCCUCUGUUAUUUACAUUGAUAAAUUUUAUUUAAUAUAGAUUAUCUGCAUUGUUUAUUGUAGAUUACUAUUAUGAUAAUGCAAAUCAAUUAUCUACAAUUACUUGUUAAGUUAAUAGUAUUUGAGUAAAAGUAAGUUUACCUGUAUGAGAAAUUUAUUGUAUAAGUAUGUGGCACGAGAUAAAAACUGUUGACUUAAUGGUUUUUAAUAAUAUUUUAAUUGUUUAAAUAUAAUUCAAUAUUAAUAUAUUAUUAUUAA